ACAACACUAAAAGAGAAUAUAUAUUUGAUUUCUGCUAAUUAAGCGACACAGCUCGAAACGAAGCUAGAAAAUCCCAUAUAGAGGCAGAGGCAGAGAGCGAAGUAGGAAUCAAUUAAAGGUAUAACGGAAAACAUAUGAUCGUACAGUUGGAAUAUCACCCUAUGACGUCAGUUUCUUUCUCGAUCAUCGAGCUACAGGUGGGCGGGUGUCGACGGUCGGACGUCACUGACGACGGCGCUGUCAUUCAUUAUAUUAUUUCAGAUUGUAAUGGAAGGUAUGGAAGCUUUAACGCCAAGGCAGCUGUUUCCUCGGAGAGAGAGAACAGUCGAAAGCUGCUUGCUGGUUUGAAGCAGAAGAAAGAGACUGUGAAGGUGAAGGGAGGCCUGCAAGCAUCAGCCACCGGUAGUAAUGGUGGGAGCUUUCAGGGUUGGGAGUUAAGGAGGGUUCCCUCUGGUCCAGACCCGUUGCACCAUAACGGGGGUAACCCAACAAAACCUAGAACUCCUUGAAGUAGUACUGAAAGCUCAUUUCAAGUAGUAGAGAUCAUGAUCCGAGGCACGCCUUGAAUGGAGCUAGAUUCGCUUUUGACUUGGAAAUAGGUUUUUCUUGUGUAGUUUUCAUGCAAGUAUGUUAAGAUUUCCCUUUUUCUUCUCUGUUUGGGCCUUCUUUUUGGGUAACAGAUGUUUGUCUGUCUUAGCACUCGAUGUAUGUUGGAUAUAUAAUAUAUAAAUAUAUAUAUAUGAAAUGAAU